AUGGCCGGACCCAAGCUCAAGACCAGCAUCGCGAUCGUUGGCUGCGGUGAUGUUGGCGCAACACUCGCGUACACGCUCAUUCUCCAGCCAAUCUGCAGCGAAGUAAUUCUCGUGGAUCCCAAGAAAGAGCUAUUAGAGGCGCAAGUACGAGACCUGGGUGAUGCGACAUACCGCGGCGGUAGUGGCGUAAAGGUACGUGCGGGCACUCACAAGGACGCCGGGCAAGCAGAUAUUGUCGUCAUCACAGCGGGAGCGAAGCAGAAGACAGGUGAAUCGCGCCUCUCUCUUUUAUCGCGGAACUUACACAUCCUCUCCGCUAUCUUCAGCGCUAUGUCCCCCAUCAGCCCGCACACCAUCCUUCUACUUGUCGCCAACCCGGUCGACAUCCUAACCUACUUUGCGCGGAAGCUCUCUGGCCUGCCGGAAUCCCAAGUCCUUGGCACAGGAACCUCUCUUGACUCUGCGCGCCUGCGCGGCAUCCUGGCCACGAAGACUGAGGUUGCGCCGAACAGUAUCGACGCGUACGUGCUGGGUGAGCAUGGCGACAGCCAGUUCAUUGCGUGGAGCAGUGCGAGUGUUGGGACGACGCCUCUGAAGCUUGUCUUGCAGGACCAGUUGAAUGACGAAUUCAAGGCCGAGAUUGCAAGCCACACGAAAGGAGCGGCGGGGAGCAUCAUCGCUGCAAAGGGCUGCACAGCCUAUGGCAUCGGCAACAUAGCCGCCUCUAUCUGCAAGUACAUACUCUUCGACAGCCGCUCGGUACGCCCGCUGUCCUUCUACCAACCAUCCCUCGGCUGCUGUCUCUCGAUGCCGGCUGUUGUCGGCCGUAAGGGUAUCGUUAAACCGAUGCCUAUUCAGCUCGAUGAAUUGGAGCAGGCAGAGCUGGAAAAGUGUGCGCAUGGAUUGCGGGGCGUAAUUGAGGGCGCGGAGAAGGAAUUGGCUGCUGAUGAACAGCUAAAGAGGGCAUUGGAAGAUGACAAGGGAGCUUAA